AUGCCACCAGCUGAAAAGAAACAAUCCCGAGGGAAAUAUACCACCAAAGCAUGCGAGGAAUGUCGUCGUCGUCGAGCAAAGUGCGACGGCAAAAAACCAUCCUGCUCUCGUUGUCUACAAUGGAGUAUCUCCUGUCAAUACUCCUCAAAUGAGGAUGGUAGACGACCUGCAUCCAAGUCCUACGUUGAUCUGCUUCGGCAACGUAUUGAAUUUCUCGAGGAGUUUCUGGCCAAACGCGGCAUCGAUCCAGACGCGGAGAAGUCACUUGAAGAGGAUGCUGCAGAAGUCUCAUCAUAUAUGGAGGCUCUAUGCGAUCAAUUCAAGGGACGUCUUGCGCUCGAUGAAUCUCUUAAUUUCGACGACGACGGCGAGAUGCGAUUCUUUGGGCCGACGAGUGGACGGCUCCAGUUCGUUGCCCAAGAUGCCACGCCAGAGAAGGAAUCAAAGGCAUGCGUUGAACCUGAGCCCUUUGGAUCAACGACAUACGAUGCUUUUAUUCCCACAGAGCUGGAAAAUCACUUGAUCGAUCUGUACUUCACCUGGGAGCAACCAUGGUACCAGAUCGUGGACGAGGAUCUCUUCCGCGACAGCAUGGCGAACAGAGGUCGCUACUUCACACCCCUGCUUCUGUACAGCAUUCUCGCCAUGGGGUCACGGUACUCCGACCGCGUCGAAACCCGUACCGACGCAAAUGAUCCCAACACGGCCGGUCGCUUCUUCUUCGAACAGGCCAAGACUCUACUUCAUCGGGAAAUGGAACGACCACGCCUGGCGACCAUCCAGGCAUUAGGCCUCAUUGGGAUGUUUUAUAUUGCCACAGGCGCUGAUGCAGCCGGGUGGCUGCACCACGGCAUGGCGAACAGGCUGAGUCUUGACAUGGGACUCAACCUGGACCCAGCUGCCUUCGACAGAGCAGUGAGUAUGUGUCCCACGGAAAUGCAACUCCGACGGCAGAUUUACUGGACUCUAUACUGUCACGAUAAGCUCUCUGCGAGCUAUACAGGGCGCGUCUGCUCCAUGCUGGACGUCCAAGGCUCUGUCAACCUACCCAGUAAUGCAGAGCCAUCAUCUCCCCGAGAGCAGGCCAUUCUCUCCCUACAGACAGCUUUAAUCCGCAUCUGCCAAACCUACGAGAAGAUCUUCCUGUCCUUGUGGGCCCCCAAGCCUAGCCUGAACCAACGCCAACGACCCGCCUUUCUCAAAUCCUGUCUUCUGGACCUAAAAACCUGGCUCUACGAUCUCCCUCCAGAGCUCCGGAUCGACCAGCCAAAUCAUCUUCCGCACGCAUAUACCCUGCACAUGGUCUAUCACACUGCUAGAAUCCUCCUGGCCAAGCCAUUCACAAUAAGGCAUCAAUCUGCCUCCAGCGAUGCAGACGCCAACGCAGAGGUACAAACGCAAGCACAAUCCGUCUCCACAGACUCCGCCCGCGCCAUCUGCACCAUCGCCCAGAAAUACCGCCAGCAGUUUGGCAGUUUCCAUCUAAGCCCCAUAACCGCGACGCAUUGCACGCUCUCCGCGGCGACGGUGUUACUUGAGGACAUCGAUGGGGAGGACAUUCUUCCGUCGCAGAAGAGCCGGCUCGAGGUAUGUGUGGGUGUUCUCGAGGAGCUGGCGGGCUCGUGGCAGCCUGCACGGCAUACUGGGAAUAAUCUGCGGCGGUUGUUGAGUGCGAGGUAUAACCUGACGCUCCCAGGGGGGGAGAAAGCGGACCAGCUGCAGUCUCAGACUGGAGGUGAUCUCUUUGCUCAGUCUAUGGGGUUUGAUAUUGUGGACGGAGCGAAUACGGAGUUUCUACCUCAGUAUGAAGAAGGUCUGCCGUCGACGCUGGGGUUACCUCCUGCUUUGGACUCUCUACCAGUUGAUUACGGGUUCUUUGAUAUGUUGAAUCAGAUGAAUAUGGAUAGGAUGUGGUAG